GGAGCAUGGGAUUUGGGCAGCCUUUUGAUCAGUCGCUGAGCUGAGGUUCUGAUGUCGGACGAGAGUGUGCCGAGAAUUUAUUAAUCUGAGGCACACACAUGCUCAAAUCGACCAGCAGCCGAACUGCGGCAUGGGACGCGUGACCACACUGCGCCUUCGCCUAUCGAAGGCUAUGCAACCAGGAUAUUCUCCGCAUGGCCAGCGCCAUGAUAAAACCAAAGAGUUGCUCCGCCGAAUUGACAAUUGAAGGCAACCUCAAACGCAGCUACGCAGAUUGACCGGGUGGUACUAUCGUCUCAAUAAUCUUUCCUCACCACGCCAUUAUCCAAUUACCAACUCAAAAAAUACCACCAUGACCUCGCCUACCACAAACGAACCCAAGAAGUCAGGCGGCUUCCGCGGGACCAUGUCCUCCCUCUUCCGCUCCCCCGCCAACGACAAGUACAACAAGGUUCUCGCCGGGGCACUGGACAAGGCCAAGAAGCCCGGCGACCCGUCCACGUCGUCCGACGGCAAGACGGACAACCUGUCGGACAAGGAGAAGGCCAAGGCGCUCGUCGAGCAGCGCGACGCCGCCAGCCCGAGCGGCAGCUUUGUGUUGGGCACGUACAAGCCGCUCAGCGCGAGCCAGGGGUAUGGGGAGUAUUACGUUGCGAAGGAGGCCACGGGGAGGUAAACUCGUUUGGAUAUGGCAGGACGGAAUGUUGGAUUGAAGACAUGCCAAUGGAUUGAUGGUAUGUCAGGUGGCUGUUGGAGAAAUGAAACCCACUGGGGUUCGGUUCCUCAUUCCUCACUUUGUGGCUGACUCCUACUGGAGUGUGCGGGGCAGGAAAUGCGGAGACAUCGUUCCAAUCGUCACAACAUACUUCUCAGCGAUGCCCCUUUCAGCUCCAUGACGUAUGCAGCUCAUAUGAUCCCCCCGCACCUAGCGCUAUUCCCAACAAUCUUGAUUCUUGGCAAG